CGGUUCUCGAAAAUGAGUGGUCGUAAUCAAUGUUUAUAAGCGACGAAAUGUAUCAAAGAUGAUCACUUCCGAUAGAUAUAUUGAAGGAUUGAGAUUCUAUAUUCAUAGUUAACUGGUCUAUGCAUAUGUGUCCUGUGUAGAACCCACCACAUUUGGGAUAAAUUCUGACUGCAAAAUGACAAGGUGCCACGUAAACGUGACGGCGUCGAUGAUCGAGGGCAUGUCCGCAGUGGACAUCGCCGGGGAAAGCGUGGACGUCAUCAGCGACCAGGAGAUUCAUACUUUCGGGCUAGGAGAGUCACCUCUGAAGGACGCAGUGGAGAGAUACUCCGGCGGCAGACCCGGCGACGUAUACCUCAAAAGCCCGACACCCUGGAACGACCUGUACAAGGUCUACAACUGGUCAGAAGUCAGGAGGACGCUGUACCCACGCAGCGCUAGGGUGUUGGGUGUCACUUCGCAGCCAGUGAUAGUCUCAGUGCAGGAGUUCAGUAACCACAGUUCUGUGGUAGGCACUUACAACGCAGGCAUCACGCAUCAAGUAGAACAGACAGUCUCCAAUACUUGGAGCAAAGGAGGUGAACUAACUGUCGGUACUGAGAUAUCUUACAACAUAGAUAUGCAAGUUGCUACGGUUGGAGGCUCAGCAAGUAUGUCAUUCGGGUCCAGUUGGGGUCAUGACAGGACUAAUAGUAAGUCGGUAACCGUAGGAGCCAGCUCUGCGAUUGAAGUGGAAUUGGCUCCUGGACAGGCGGCCAUAGCUACCUUACAAGCGAUCAGAGCGACUGUCGAAGUUGAGGUGGAUUACACGGCCACUUUACAUGGCGCCGUGGCCUGCAACUACCCUGAUAAGCAUAACGACCACCAUUUCUGGAGUUAUGAUAUCAACGAAGUGAUGGGCGCGGCUGGUAUGAAUAAGAAUAUCGACUCCACGGAGAGGAUGAGGAUCGACUUCUAUUCUGAUGCCAAGGUUAUGCUCAGAGACAGAGAUACGAACGCCGAUUUAUAGUUUCCUCCAUAAAGCCUCGAUGACACGGGGCAAGUUCACAAGCUACUGGCGAACUCGCUGGUUUGUAGCUUGUGAACUCGGCCCGUGUCAUCGAGGCAUAAGAAAGUGGGUAUUUCCUUUCGUUAGUGUCGCCGCACACGGGCCACCGACCACAACCACAAAACGCCGCCACCGGCAUAUUUCUUGUAGUUUUCAUACAUUUUAUAUGGACUCGCCACACACGGUACGCCGAUGGCCGCCACACGCUACAAAUCGUCGUUGCUCGCUUCUUGUGGCCCGCACCGGCCACUUAAUGCGUCUAUACAAAACGCCGCCACACGUCACUCGCUCGAUUCCCCACCCCUCUCUCCCUUACCUUAGUCGGCCGCUGUCGCGCGUCAGCCACUUUAGUAGCCGCUUCUAGCUUCUCGUGGCGGCGUUUGUAACUGUGGCGUGUGGCCCGUGUGCGGCGACACUUAGUCGUUUUGGCUGUUUUGAAAGUUGACAUCAGUCUGUCCUUAUCAUGUUCCAAAAGGAAUGAAAAGGACAGACUGAUAUUAUGUUUACAAAUAGCAAACACGAAUAAUCAAGUGAAAUGCGGAAAUGUGAAGUGAAUAAUAAGUAGAUUGUAUAAAUCUAAAGAAAAUUUUACUAGAAAGAAUUCUGCGCGGAUCAGGCAGCAUACGGGGCGCGUCCGCGGCCAUAUUUUUCAAGUAAAAUUUUCUUUAGAUUAAACCUCUAGCAGUUAAAUGCUUCAAUAAAAUUUUAUAAGUAGAUUGUAAUUAGAUUAAGUUAUCUUGUUAAUAUUCUAGUUUUUUGUUAAUAUUUUUUAUUUGUAGCGUCAGCGUGUACUUUGUAUCUAGAACACGCCGAGCACGGAAUUUGGCAGCGCUGUUGUAAUAUUUUAAAGAAAUAUAUUUUAAAUAAAUCAAACAAACAUUUUAGCAUGUCUCACAUAAAGUGACGUUUAUUCAUAUUCUUUUAAAUACUUAAUCUAUGUACAGCCAAGCCAAAGAGGUUGCAUAUAAGUAAGUAUGUAUAUAAACUAUUCCUACGACAGCUGUUUUCUCCCGUGGCGACUAAAUAUCUCCGUGAAUUAGUGCCUCUUGAAAUUUCAAUCAGUGAGAUCCACUUGUGGAAGGCCGAUUGAAAUGUGCAAUCACGGAGAAUCACGUCGAGCUCCUAGUGACGGGAGAUGAGAAAUGAAACAGCCAGUAUGUCGCUUGAUAACUAAGAGCGUAAUUUAUUAUAUAUUAACAUCUUAUAAACUAAUUUUUCUAACUAAUAUUUAUGUGCGUCAGCUGUAGAUUCCGUGCUCGUGUUCUAGAUACAAUGUACACGCUGACGCUACAUAUGCAUAGAGAUGCAUAAGAUUAUAUGUGUGUGUGUGUGUGAUAAUAAAUGGUAAUAUUUUAAAGAAAACUUUUA